UUCAGAAGCUUCUUGGUAGUGCUUGGGGUGAUACAAAAUGUGGAAAUACUAUGUUCAUUGUGUUUUAGUUAUACAAUUAGUAGUUAGUGACAGUUAUGGUGUUUAUUUUAUCAGUCCUGAUAAAAUGGACAGCCAGUUGUUGGUUCGCACAAAUAAUGGGAUCCUUCAAGGACGAACUAGUCACACAUACACUGAAAAACAAUAUUGGGCAUAUGAAGGAAUUCCGUAUGCAAAACCACCAACUGGCCAUCUACGAUUCCGGGCCCCAGAGCCCUUUGAACCCUGGUCAGGAGUCUUAGAUGCUACUAAAGAAGGUCUCACUUGUAUAGAAACGUAUCCUGAUGAAACGGGAGUUAUAACCAGGGGAGGUGAAGAUUGUUUAUUUGUGAAUGUGUAUACCCCACAGAAUCCACAGACUAUCAAAGAACUGUUGCCAGUAUUAGUUUGGAUAUAUGGAGGAGCAUUUCUUCAUGGCAAUUCUUCAGCAAAGUUCUACGGUGGUGAUAAUUUUAUAGAUCAAGAUAUCAUUGUGGUAACAUUUAAUUAUAGAGUGGGUUUAUUUGGUUUUCUCAGCACAGAAGACAUGGCCAGUCCUGGAAACUACGGACUCAAAGAUCAGAACCUUGUGCUGCGCUGGGUCCAACGAAACAUAAAAAAAUUUGGUGGUGAUAGGAAUCGUGUGACAAUUUUUGGUCAAAGCGCAGGAGCUGCCUCUGUCCUUUAUCAAGUGUCUUCUCCCAAAAGUAAAGGUCUCUUCCGAGCAGCCAUUUCAAGCAGUGGCAGCCCUCUGUGUCAGUGGGCAUUCCAAAGAAAUCCCAGAAAACUUGCUGUUGACGUUGGUAUUGCAGUUGGUGUAGAUACAAUAAAUACCAGAGAUUUAAUUGAGGUACUCCGCAAGGUGGAUGUGGAGCAACUGAAACAUGCUUCGAAACUAAUUGUUCUUGUGUCCAUACCCCAAGCAGAAAGAGAAGGAUUUCCAUUCAGCCCCACAAUUGAACCCCACCACAAAGGAGCCUUUUUAUCACAAAAUGUGUACAAAAUAUUAGAAAGUGGAGAUUUCAAUAGAGUGCCAAUUCUCAUGGGCGAAAACUCCUUAGAGUCAUUGUUGUUUGCUGAAGUCAUCAAUAUACUUCGUCCAUUGAAUAUUAUAUAUGAUAUAAGCCCUGGAUCAUUACCACCCCUUGCCAUGAAUAUCAAAACUGCAGAACAGAGAACCGCCGUUGGAAUGAAAAUUCUGAAACAUUAUUUCACAAGGUCGUAUCUAGAUGCCAGCAGGAAGGAUAUCUUAUAUGAACCCCACACCAACAGAGGAUGAUCUAUUACAACGAACGGUUUGGCCAACUGUGACAUCAGCAAGGAAUAUUACGUACCUUGAGAUAGGAAGUGAACUGUCACUGAAACAAAAUUACCGACAAAAGGAUAUGCAGUUUUGGGAUCAACUCUAUUACAACUACGGACACGCACCAUAUAUGACCUAUUGAAAUCUUGUACUGCAUAUUGGUGUCAUUCCUAGACAUCAUGAUCAUCCCAGCCAGCCGUAGUGAAAAUUGGCGUUUGUUGAUGAAACAUCGCUAAAGUAAAUGUUGCCAUAUCAAUUUGUAGUCUGCGAUGUGAAUAUAAUAGUUCUAAUGUGAUAUUAAGAGUAUUUAAGGUUCGAUAUAUCAGUAUUUUCAAAUUAGAAUAUGAUUAUUUAAUUUAUUAGCAUCUUUUUUCUCAUGUAGGUAAUAAAAUCAUCUGAAAUUGUGAAAAGUUCUGAAAAAACACUGUACCCACACACUAGAAAUGUAACACUUUUCUUGGCUCGCAUUUCACCAACCAAGUUGAUGGCAUCAAGAGAUGAUCUGAAUGAUUAUUAAUACGACCACUAAGAAAAGUAUCACACUUCUAAUAUGUAGAGAAAAUAUUUUCGUGGAUUGAUGUUUUCUUCUUCCUGUAUGUGAAACAUUAGUUUGAUCGAUUUUCAGAGUUUGAAAUAUAUUAUUUCGAAAACUAGCUCCAGCGUAUU